AUGGAAAUUAGUCAUUCAUCAGAUGAUAUUCAUUUCCGGGCUCCAAGUGAACCAGCUCCGAGGAUCGAGGAAGGUUCGAAAAGACAGAAUACAAAUACAAUAACAAGAAGAGACUGUCGAGGCAAAGUCAAAGGUGGGAAAAUGUUAGGCUGUGGUAGGAGGAAAGUCUACGAAGCAGGCUACUUAGGUGUGCAAAGUCUUUUGUGGAAGUCGAUUUCCAUUCACACAAACGUUCACAAAGAAUGGCAUAUUAAACGCAAAGAGCAGGGUUUCUCGAACAACACUGACUUUGCCUCCUUCCUUUUGGCAAAUAUUGGUGAGAAUAAUCAUCAAGCUGCCAAUAUGUGUUUAAACAAUACUUGUGAAAGGUGAGAUUAACUUAUUAUUUUAAUCGGUUAGCGGCGUUUUCACAGGUGCUAAGCCUCAGUUUUUCGUGUUAUAUUUUAUAGUUUUGAGUUGUGUGAUGAAGAUGAGUUCAACCCAUCCAACCCUCAAUUAUGCACAUCAACGCCCAAGAGAGCAAGAACAGCAUUGUUUAAUAAUUCCCCUCAUUGCUGUACAGAAAUUCCAGGUAAAUAGUGCCAGUGGACAGUGGUCAAAGACAUGGCAUAAUUUUAAUUCAUUUUACUGCAACAAACAUCAGUUGUAUGUAAUAAAGAAUUAAUCUAGUCUCCAUUGCUUGGAAUACUGUGGCUCAUUCAUGCUUUGAGAAGCGUCAUACCACUUGUAUGUACAUGGCAAAAACAUAUAACAUCUAAAUGAGUUUUACCUUGAUGAUCCAGUUUGACUAACUCACUGGCAUUCAUUGCGGGUGAGGAUUUGGGUUAAUGUUAGGGUGAUAUCCAAACCAGGUUGACAUCACCUGCAACAAAUGCCUGUGAGUUAGUCAGUCAAAUUGCCUGUGAGUUAGUUAAAUCAAACCAUUGGUAAUCAUGGUAAAUUACAAAUUAAUAACAGGAAAUUAGUGAUUAUACAGUAUGUCAGGGCAUUUGUGGACCCGAAGAGCAUUGAGCUCUUUCGACCCACAUACUUCCAUGAGCUUUCAGGGACUGUUAAUCAUUAAUUCUCCUCAUGUCAUGGUAUUGCUUGAUUUGCUUCUUAAAUGUACUACUUGUCAUCCCUUUAGCCAAAACAACACCUGAUAAAAGAGUAACAACUGAAGAAAUCCAUGAAAACAUAAACAUAUCAAGACAACGUGAUGUUCAAUCUUCUUCUGAACAAGUUUUUCUAGACACAGUUGUCAAGGAAAAUAGCCUUUCAGAGUCAGGAUACUUAUUGCUAGACUCUGACAGUGAGACUGCCUCUGAUAGCGACAAUGAUGUUUUCUAUACCAGUAGCAGUAGCAGUGAAUAUGAAGAAGACCCAAACCCUGUCAUGGAUCAGUUUGAUAUUUCCUAUGAUGAUGACCUUUUUGUUCAUGAAUCUGAAACACCUGACUCACAAUGUAACCAUGAUGAAACUUGUGUUGAGCCUAUUGACAUGGAUAUUACAUCAGAACUGGAACUUGGAACAAUUGAACUGGAUGUUGCUGUCAAUAACCAUACAAGACUAAUUCCCGAAAAUUAUUACAAGGAUAUGGAAAAAGAUGGAAAAAGAUUUGGAUAA